GUACUACUGCACCCAUAGUUCGUGUACUAAACAUAUAAAUUCUCUUUCCCUAUAAACAUUGCAAACAAAAUCUUUCCAGGUCAAAACACUUUGAUCCUCUUUCCUACUUUAACAAAAGUUCUCCGACAUCUAAGCUUUAAUAUUCUUUUUAUUUUAAUUCGACGAAAAAGCUUCUUUUUUUAAUUUACUUUCUAUUCAUUCCGGCCAUGGUUUUAUCGGCGAAGCAGACUCUCUCUGCUAAGAUCGGAUUCCCCACUCCACUUUCACGACGGAACCCAACCUCCUCUCCUCUUUCCCUCUCCUUCCCAUCGACUGCGCUUCCAAAACGCACCGUUUUAACCCUCUCCAAGCCCUUGCACCUCUCUUCUCUGAGAGCAAACUCUCCGGUGAGAUGCUCUGCCUACGAAGCCGAUAAAUCAGAGCCUCAGCCGGUCGACGUCGAAACGAAGCCGGAGGCGGCGAAGAAAGCGAAGAUCGGUAUCUACUUCGCCACUUGGUGGGCUUUGAACGUUGUGUUCAACAUAUACAACAAGAAGGUGUUGAACGCUUACCCUUAUCCAUGGCUUACCUCCACGCUCUCUCUCGCCGCCGGUUCGUUGAUGAUGCUCGUCUCUUGGGCUGUUGGCGUCGUUGAGACUCCCAAAACUGAUUUUGAUUUCUGGAAAACACUUUUUCCGGUUGCUGUGGCACACACAAUUGGUCACGUGGCUGCGACGGUGAGCAUGUCAAAGGUUGCGGUUUCCUUCACACACAUCAUCAAGAGUGGUGAGCCAGCGUUCAGCGUUCUUGUCUCCAGGUUCCUUUUGGGUGAAACGUUCCCUGCUUCGGUUUACCUCUCCCUCAUUCCGAUCAUCGGUGGUUGUGCUCUCUCUGCCCUUACUGAGCUUAACUUCAACAUGAUUGGUUUCAUGGGAGCGAUGAUCUCGAAUUUGGCAUUCGUGUUCCGUAACAUCUUCUCAAAGAAGGGAAUGAAGGGAAAGUCUGUGAGCGGAAUGAACUACUACGCUUGUCUCUCAAUGUUAUCUCUCUUGAUCCUUACGCCCUUUGCUAUUGCGGUUGAAGGACCUCAGAUGUGGAUCGAUGGCUGGCAAAAGGCUCUCUCAGACAUCGGACCUCAGUUUGUCGGGUGGGUGGCUGCGCAGAGUGUGUUCUAUCACCUCUACAACCAGGUGUCUUACAUGUCUUUAGACCAAAUCUCUCCCUUGACGUUUAGUGUGGGUAACACCAUGAAGCGUAUCUCAGUCAUCGUCUCCUCCAUCAUUAUCUUCCGCACUCCUGUCCAGCCCGUUAACGCUCUCGGAGCUGCCAUUGCUAUCCUCGGCACCUUCUUGUAUUCCCAGGCAAAGCUUUGAUGGGCAAUAUAUGGGAGUGCUCCAGUCCGAUGCUGAGCUCGUGAUUUCGGUUAAAAUCCGGGGGAAAAGAGCUUCACGUAGAUUUUUUUUCCUUAAUAAUAAUGAGAUUGGAGACGACAAUGUUAGUGUGACAGGCAGUUUAAAAAAAAAAAUUGAGCUUUUUGGGAUUUAAAGUGUUUGAAUUUGGGGGAAAAUUAGAAAGAUUACCUCUUUGUAACUAAAGUGGGACAUACAAAUUUCCCCUAUAGUCUCUUUUCAAAUAUGAGAGAACUAUUUCAAUAUAUAGAGAGAAUGAUUUCACUCCA